AUGGCUAACUCCGGAAACACACGGAUUUAUCACUUGAAAGCCUUCCGAGAGCUACGAAUAGUGACCCCAGAAAAGUAUACCAAAUUUGAGGAGGAGGAUGAAGAAGAAUGCGUUAAAGUGCGUUUAUUGCCGAGCGGCAUCGGAGUAGGACACAAAAACGAACACAACAGCAGUGGUAGUAGUGGCAACGUUCCAAGUACGGCUGAAAUAUUUGGGAGAGAAUUAAUCAUUGAUAAGGAAUACAAAUUUGGGUGUAACCAAAAAUUUGCCAUAUAUACAUUCACAGGAUGCACAAUUCAAAUAAAGGGUCGAACGUUGCAGGAGUAUGAGAGUGGGAACAACACAAUGAAGGAGUACUUAUCCCUAUCGAAGUUGGCAAAGAAAAAAAAAAAAAUUGGACCCAGAGUUCUCAUUACAGGAAAUAACAGUUCAGGAAAAAGUUCCGUUUCGUUAAUACUCCUCAAUUACGCAUUAAAGUCAGGAUUUAAACCUAUCUUUAUAGAAGCAGAUACAAAAUGUACAUGUGAUAAAGUCGAAUUAAACAGGGGACCUGGCAUUAUGAGUUCCUUUGUUUACGACCCCAUGAAUCGUAUGAAGUGUGCACUAGACUACUAUUUUGGCUACCUGGAUCUGAAUGAAGAUAUAAAUUUAUACUACCAUUUGAAUGAGUGCAUAAGCAGCUGUGUUCAUUUGAUGUUGCUCAACAAUUUGAACUGCAUAUCGUCUAGUGGAAAAACAGAUGCAGAACAGGAGGGUAUUUACGCUGCGGGUUUUAUUUUAAAUGUACCCUCGGAGGCAGACCACCACGUUAUUAAUAAUAUGAUUGAAAUAUACGGUAUAAAUAUUGUCAUCGUGAUUGAUAAUGCUUUUUUGCACUACUCGCUGAAGGACCAGUAUGGGGAGGAGACUGCUCGGCGUGGCGCGGACCGGGGGCGCGCCUUCGCCCGGGAGGGCGGUUCAGACUACGACCGGGAGUACAAUCGGGAGUACAGUCGGGAGUACAAUCGGGACCACGACCGGGACUAUCGCCGCGAUACCUGGCGCGAUUCCUGGCGCGAUUCCCGGCUUGACCCCCGGCUUGACCCCCGGCGCGACUCCCUGGCCGAGGCAAGCCGUAAGCCAACCGCUCUUCCCGCUGUGUCCUCCGCGGAUCAACAGCGAAACGACAAUAAAGACACGGAUGAACCAGUCAGGAAAGUAGAAAUUGUGGGCAUGCCCAAGUACGAAGGAGUGAUCCCAUCAGAUAAUAACCGAGUAAGGUAUUGUAAAAAUUUGUGGUACUAUGAAUAUUUUACGAAAGAUAUUAUCGUAACGAAAAACCUACACAGAAAGAGUCAUGUCAUUUCAUUUAAGUAUAGCUUGACUAGUUUCAUUAAAUUGGACACCAACUUGGCUGUGCCCUUGUCGGCACUCCCAGCGGAUGCGAGAGACAUACAGAGGGAAAACGUAUCGGUUAGUUUGUAUAAUGGGAAUAUUAGCAACCUGACGCACUGCAUUUUGGGAGUGUCCUACUCGAAGGACCUUCAUUACGUGCAUCUGAUGAAUAUAGCUGCGUUCGUGCAUGUGCAGAGUGUGCGUCUCGUCGAAUCGGAGGUGGGGGAGGAUACGGGGAGGAGUGAGAUGGGCGCUGAUGCGGUGCAGGGCAAUGCAGCGCAGGGCAAUGCGGACGCGCAGAACGACUACUUGAUCGAAAUUUUAUGCCCCCUGUCCGUCACCACGAAGAACCUCCCGCCCUACUUCGUCGUCCCGGGCAACGCCAAGCAGAUGAAGUUUUAG